AUGGGCAAUGUCAAGAGCAGCCUGCAGGACUGCAUCGAGCUGGACGAAUCUAUGCUGAGCAUACGGACUGACUCGCCCGCUGGCUACAAUCCGAAAUUCGUCUUUAUUCGUCGCACGCUGUACUUACUGGUGGACGAGGAGCUGACCCGCAGCGGCAAGUUCAUAAUCUCGCUGCGAGAGCUGGAGUCGGAGGGGCUUCUGGACUAUAAGUUUGUCAACGGCACGGGCCAGAACGCACCGAUUGUUAUCAAACAGAUCAAGAACUCGUCGAAGUACGUAUUGAACUUCCACCCGAGCAUGAAGGAGGGUGUACACAAGUUCACCAUCCGGUUUGACAAAAAACGCAUAUGCCGCGUGUACAUCUAUUGCGAGCGCGCGAAGGAAGAUGCGGGAGAUGCGGCCCCCACGGUACCCGCACCGUCAACUGCUCCCGCCGGCUCGCCGACCCCGGCACCCGCGCCGAAUACGCGUAAUCCGGCGGGGAUGACUGCGGUGUCGGCUGUGGUGUCUGCUGCUGCGCCUGCGACAGCACCUGCCACUGUGCAUACGACCCCGCCAUCGCCGCCGCCGCCGCCACCAGGCUUACAUGAUCCUGUACCAAACUUUAUCCAAGAUGGUCCGCAGUUUCGGACGCAGUUGGCGAACUGGGAGUCUAUCUUAUUUUUGUUUAGGUCGCACCUGAAGUCGCUCUACGAACGCUCAACAAAGCUCAAGGAGCUGCUACAGAUGACAUCGAAGGAAUUUAACCUCCUGUCUAAUGACUUUAAUGAGCUGCAUUGUAUCCUAAAAGACCAGCCUGUUUCUUCGGUGUUUCGGCACCUGCUCCUCUCUUCUUCCUCCGUGUGUGUUUCGCAGGCAAGGUUAAUGAUGAAGAAAGCUACUGCCUCCCAGGAAGAUCUAGCCUCCGCUAUACAGCAGUAUUUGAAUACCAUUGAUUUAAAAGCCGUAUCAUCUAGUAAGAAACAGUAUCAUGAUCAGGCAAAGGAUUUCUACUCGUAUGUUGGCAAGAACCUGUCACAGAAAUCCGACAGCAAGUUGCUUCCUCGGAGGAUUCAAUUUGAACUUCAGAGGUUUGACUAUUUUCACUCUCUACUCCAGUAUGUUGUAGGAUGUAACGCUCGUGAUUUUGCUGUGUCACUUGCGAGGUUUCAAUCUUCGAUCGACCCUAAUAAUAAAAAUACAAACAUGCACCUCGUGAAGAAGUAUCGUUCCCAUUUCUUACCAUUUAACAAGAUAAAGAGCCAACAGCGCAUAAGGCUUUCUAAAGUGUCCAACUAUUCUGACUUGAAUGACUUCUACCAACUUGCAUCAGCUACCUCAGAACCAAAUAAGCCCCUCAAAGAAGGACUCUUAUGGUCCUACAGGAAUAAUGGAUGGCAUAAACAGUGGGUGGUACUACAAGGAUCACAGCUCUCAGAAUAUUCCGAUUGGAAGACGAAAGCUAAGGUGCUCAGCCGACCGGCCAUUAAUUUGACGUUUGUGUGUGUUAAACGUUCGGAGAAAAAGCCUAACGGAUUUGAUAUCAUAACUACCGACGGCGAGGCUCGUUCUUUCCAAGCAGAGUCAGAGGAUGAAAUGAAGCAGUGGCUGUAUGCGCUUCACUCUGCUGUCGGGAUAAUAGCCAUUGAGGAGACAGAUGAGAACAAAGAUCCAUUGUCUAUUGUCCGUAAUGCGGAUCCGUCAAAUAGUGCAUGCUGUGACUGUCGGAGCGAUAAGCAAGUUGAAUGGAUAUCUCUGAAUAUUCUAUGUGUUGUUUGCAUCAACUGUUCUGGUGUUCAUCGAUCCCUGGGGGCGCAUGUAUCUAAGAUGCGCUCUUUAACUCUAGACUCAUUCUCAAGCCCUGAAUCUCUCCAACUUCUGAAAUGUGUUUCAAACCAGAAUGUCAAUAGUCUUUAUGAAUCAGAGGACUUGCCACCUAUUUUCCCUGAAAAUUCGAUCGAUCAGAGGAAAAGCUAUAUCACAGACAAAUACGUCAGUAAGAAAUACGUUAAUCGUACCGAGGAUAUUUCAAAGCUGCACAUCUCCUUGAUCAAAGCAAUUCAUUUAGAAAGUAUCUACCUUCUGCAGAAAUGUUUUGCGGAAGGAGUAUCCUUGUGUGAAGACUACUGGCUUCAGAAUGAUGGUAAUGAUUCCUUGUUCCAAUAUUCCUUAAAGCAUUGGGAAGGCACUAAGGAGAAUCCAGUGUUUACUGUCACCGAAUUCCUAGUACUGAAUGGGCUACAUGUGGACGAUCUUCCAACAUCUCAUGAGCAUCGUGCUCUAUGGUCUCCUGGGCAGCUUUCAUACUGGUCGUCGAAAUACAAGAAUCACAAUUGCUUACACAAUCGUGUAGGUGCCAAAAAGUUACCAGAGGUCCCUACUUCAGCGGCAAUAUCGCUUCAUACGAGAAACCCUAGACAUACCACAGACUUUACAGACUCUAUAUGCAGUCCAGAUAUUCCUUCUAGUGCCGAAGGCAGCUCGAAGAAUGAUGGCCAAUCAGCUCCGGGGCCUGCAACUACACGCAGUCGGAGAUGGAGUGUUGGCAUGGGUCAACAUAUGGCGGGAACUACCAGCCACCAUUUUACGUCACCGAUUUUGGGAAAAUCUAGACACUUGAAGUUCCCCAAAAUCCAAAAAUGA